CUGCCGCGACUGCUGCCGGUGGAUGCUGCGCCUCUCGGAGCGCAAUAUGAAGGUGCUCUUCGCCGCCGCCCUCAUCGUGGGCUCCAUCGUCUUCCUUUUGCUGCCGGGACCCUCCGUGGCCAACGAUAAGAAGAAGGGACCCAAAGUCACAGUCAAGGUGUUCUUUGACCUCCAAAUUGGAGAUGAACCUGUGGGCCGAGUGACCUUUGGCCUGUUUGGAAAGACGGUUCCAAAAACAGUGGAUAAUUUUGUAGCCUUAGCUACAGGAGAGAAAGGAUUUGGCUACAAAAACAGCAAGUUCCAUCGUGUCAUCAAGGACUUCAUGAUCCAGGGUGGGGACUUCACCCGGGGAGAUGGCACAGGAGGAAAGAGCAUCUAUGGUGAGCGCUUCCCGGAUGAGAACUUCAAGCUGAAGCACUACGGGCCUGGAUGGGUGAGCAUGGCCAACGCGGGCAAAGACACCAACGGCUCCCAGUUCUUCAUAACUACAGUCAAGACGUCCUGGCUAGACGGCAAGCAUGUGGUUUUUGGCAAAGUUCUAGAAGGCAUGGAUGUGGUGCGGAAGGUGGAGAGCACCAAGACAGACAGUCGGGACAAGCCCCUGAAGGACGUGAUCAUCGCAGACUGUGGCAAGAUCGAAGUGGACAAACCCUUUGCCAUCGCCAAGGAGUAGAGAGUAGAGAGUGCCUCGGGGACUCAUCCCUCCAAGCAGCUGUCAGUGCCCUCACGGGGGUGAAGGUAGCCAGUCACAGGGUUCCAUGCCGCCCUGGCCCUAGUGCUUCCAUCCGAUGGGGUGCAGCCACACCCCCUCGCAUUCCACGGGCCUGAUUUUUAUAUCAAACUCCUACCAAUGCCGAUCAAUAAAAAAGUGGUUUGUUUUUUAAUAACUUGGGU